UUAAGGCAGGUUUCCGUCAGACUUCUGACUAAAUUUUCUUUUAUUUGAAUAGCAGAAAUAUGAUUUAUUAGGAUCAGAAACUAUUUUAGUCUGUUACAUGACUUAAUUAUAAGGUGAUAAUUUAACUCAGAUGGAAAUUUAGGACAAUGGAGCUUUAUUAUUGAUCCACAACUUAGAAUAAGGGACUAUAGUACAAUAAUCCACCAUCUUCCAAGUUAAUUCUAUUCUGGUGCUAAUCAUGUUUUCUAAGUUACUAGCCUCAAGUGUGACUCAUGCUCAUGUUGCUUCUGCCCUUCUAGCUCAAACCUUGGUGCUGGUUCCAUGGCGAUCGAGUCGUCGUUCAAGCGCCACAUAUGCCCUUCUUGCUCAAGGUCUGGUGGUGCUGGUUCCAUGGCGAUCUAGUCGUCGUUCAAGCGCCACAUAUGCCCUUCUUGCUCAAGGUCUGGUGGUGCUGGUUCCAUGGCGAUCUAGUCGUCGUUCAAGCGCCACAUAUGCCCUUCUUGCUCAAGGUCUGGUGGUGCUGGUUCCAUGGCGAUCUAGUCGUCGUUCAAGCGCCACAUAUGCCCUUCUUGCUCAAGGUCUGGUGGUGCUGGUUCCAUGGCGAUCUAGUCGUCGUUCAAGCGCCACAUAUGCCCUUCUUGCUCAAGGUCUGGUGGUGCUGGUUCCAUGGCGAUCUAGUCGUCGUUCAAGCGCCACAUAUGCCCUUCUUGCUCAAGGUCUGGUGGUGCUGGUUCCAUGGCUAAGUAACCAUUCAUGUUUAGCUGAUUAGUAUCAGAACGUCCAAGCUCAUGUUUGGUAGAUUGGUAGUGUUGAUCAGCAAGUGAAAAUGUGGUAAAAACUAUUAGUCCUAGGGACAUAACUAGCAAGAACUUGGAAGUUAUUGACAUCUUUGUAAUGUUAUAUUAUUAUUGUACU